AUAACCCUACUAUCAUCACCAUCAACAUGGCCCCCCAGUUGAACGAGGAGGAGAUUGACGAUCUCAUCUAUUUCGCCCGCGCGGGUGAGAAGGAUGACUUGACCACCACGCUCACUGAACUUGCCGAGAGGGAGAAGGUUUCGGUCGCAGAGAUUCUUGCAAGCGCAAAGGAUGAGGGCAAGUCAACUUGCUUGCACAUGGCGGCGGGCAACGGCCAUUUGGACAUCGUCACCCUCAUCCUCUCAGAGUUCACCUCCCGGCCAAAGGAGGAGAAGCAGGCGUACCUUGACGCCGCCAACGAGUACGGCAAUACUGGUCUUCACUGGGCCGCUCUCGGCGGCCAUCUCGACGUGAUCAAGCUGCUUAUGGCAGCUGGUGCGUCGCCGGCUCUGGCAAACGACAAGAACUAUGUGCCCUUGGACCUGGCCAGCUUUGGCGAGAAGCACGACGUGGUGGAUUACUUCCUCGAGCAGGCGGGUGGUCUUGAGGACAAGAACACAGCGGAAGGCCUCAAGGCCGCUGCUGAGGGUUUGAAGGUGGAUGAUGACGGAAAUGUCGAGUUCAAGAUGUCUGUUGGCGACACUUCCGAGGCUUCGGGUUCCGGGUCGGCGCAAAAAUAGGAAAUACGAAGAAGGACGGUUGUUGAGGAAACUUGAGGGUUCAGGUGUUGGAUGAUACCACAUAAACACGAUUCAUGGCAUUUGUUUUUCUGUCUUGUUAGGUGCAUAAAAUUGACGGGUAUAAAA